ACCACACUACAAUACCUUAUUCCUAAGCUUAAAUUCGACGCUACCCGUCUCCUCCUUCUCUACUCGCUUCCCUCUCUUGACGUUCAAGUCACCACCAACCAGCCAUCCAUCCAACAUCAAGCUCGCCAAGAAACAUCUUGCAGCUCCCGGCGAGGCACAAGCACAGCCAUCCCGUCUUGGCGUGGUCUCUUGCGAGUCUUGAUCCGACUACAUCCGUACUAGCAGCCUUGCACACACAUUGGAAAGCAAACAAGCCACCAACGCUUACGCUAAAGCAACUUAACAACAACAACAACAACAACGCCAUCAUCGCCAUGGGUAUCUUUGGAAAGCGUCGUGAAAACGCGGCGACCGCCCCUGCCAGCGGCCACGCCAACGGCCACCACGGAGUCGCCAACAACAAGCGCCACACCGCCGAGCCGUACACCAUGUCCCGCCGUCCUACCUUUGGCCAGUGGCUCAAGGGAACGUUCAUCGACAUCAUCACCAUGAUCUGCAUGGGCGCCCUCGGUCUCGGUAUCUACAUGGCCCCUCCCGCCCCGAACCGCUCCUUCGCCGUCACUUUCGCCGACGGCGAGGUCGUCUACCCUCAGUUCGCCUACCCCCUGCGUAACGAGAUCAUCCCCAUCUGGCUCGCCGCCUUCCUGGCCUCCGUCAUCCCCAUCUGCAUCAUCCUCCUCAUGCAGAUCCGCAUCCGCUCCUUCUGGGACGUCAACAACGCCGUCAUCGGCCUGCUCUACUCGCUCAUCUGCGCCGCCGUCUUCCAGGUCUUCCUCAAGUUCCUCAUCGGCGGCCUGCGCCCCCACUUCCUCGAGGCUUGCCAGCCCGACCUGUCCCGCGUCACCGCCAACCAGGGCGGCAUCGCCCGCACCGGCUACAGCGCCGCCGGCUUCCAGUCCCUCUACGUCACCAAGGAGGUCUGCACCGGCGACCAGAAGGAGAUCAACGACUCCCUCGAGAGCUUCCCCAGCGGCCACACCACCGCCGCCUUCGCCGGCCUCGGCUACCUCUACCUCUACCUCAACGCGAAGCUCAAGGUUUUCUCCGACUACCACCCGGCCAUGUGGAAGCUCAUCGUCACCUACAUCCCCAUCCUCGGCGCCGUCCUCAUCGGUGGCGCCCUCACCAUCGACGAGUUCCACAACUGGUACGACGUGUUCGCCGGCGCCGCCAUCGGCACCGUCUUCGCCUUCUCCGCCUACCGCAUGACCUACGCCGCCGUGUGGGACUUCCGCUUCAACCACAUCCCCCUGAACCGCGGCCAGCCCUUCUCCUACGGCGCCGGCGCCGAGCUCUACGACGCCGUCUUCACCCGCAAGGCCGGCUGGGGCAACCGCGGCUCCGGUGGCAUGAUGCACGGCGCCGAGAAGCACCUUGGCCAUGGUCAAGGCGCAACCACCGGCAUGCAUGGUUCCGGUGUCAACGAUUAUGGUGAGCCUGUUGGCUCUCGCAAGCCCGUCGGCUCCGGGUCGCGUCAUCCCGAUGCGAUGGUCUAAGCCUGUGACCCGCUCCCCCAUCAUUAUCCUCUUUUUUCGACGGAUGCUCGUGAAGCACCCCCCAUCGAACGUCGAUCAGCCGACGAGUUGAAAACGCAUGAGCUUUUGCCACAUUGGCAUUGGAGUGUUUGGAGUUUUGAGACUAACGAGUGACGGCCUUGCUGGGAAGACAUACACAUAAUACCCUACGGCACGAGAGUGCGUAAAAUAAUCUUUCCGCGCGUUGGUAGG